AUGUGGUGGUCCAAGAGAGCUGUUGCUACUCCUUCCAAGACUGAGGAGGAGCCGACUGAUAAUGGGUGGAGCGCUGAGAUGGAGAGGGAGAUGGCAGAUGUGGUAGGGGUGGUACGGGAGAGGGACACAGUGGAGUACAUGAUGCUUAGCAAGCUGGUUUUGAACUGCAAAAGGGAGAUGGUUGUGGUUGGGCCCAUCUUGAUGGCCGCUGUGACGGUGGGAUCGGCACUUGGGGGCUCAACAACAGUGGGUGGCAUCAUGGCUGGUGCAUUGGCAUGUGUUGUCAACAGCUUCAGCCAUGGUGGGCAAGUCUCGAUGGUGUUCAAGAUGUACAAGAACAACGCUCGAUUCUACCAGUUGCUCGACAAAUCAUUGUCGUCUUCCCUAGACAAGCGUCCAGUGGAGAGAGAACACGCAGAGUUGGUGGUGAUGAGACUCGCCCUUCAAUCGGGAAGGAGUAUCUCAUCACUGCGCAACUAA